AUGCAGACCAACAUCUUGACGAGCAGUUUCAAAUUCUCGACUCUGCUUGUCUGUUUCUUGGCAGCACUCUGUGCUGCCGAGCCAGCACAAUUCUGCAAAUUCGGCCAUCAGGUCAACGAGGUGGACUUUUGCAGCAGCUUCACCGCACACCGCAACGAGUCCACCAACGAGCACAAUGUCUACGUCACAUUUUCUCAUGUCCGAACAGUCAACUCGGCCAAGGGCUGGUCGGCGAUUGGAUUCGGCUCUGAGAUGAAGGGCUCCCUCAUGUUCAUCGUCUAUGGAGACCCAGCAUCAGGCAAGCCCCCCAUUGUCAGCGUGCGCGUGUCCAAGGGCCAUUCUCAGCCAACGCUGGUCACGCCGCGCGACCUGGCCGGGGGCGAUCUCCGCGUCUUGAGAUCCGACUGGCGGCUGGACGAUUCUCCGGCCGGCACCGUCACGGCGCUUGUAUCUCUGGUCUGCUACUCGUGCACCAAGUGGCCCGGGACAAGCAUAUCGGCAGCGUCCACCUCGCAGCCGCUCAUCUGGGCGUGGAAUGACGUGCAAGAAUUCGACGUCUUUACCUAUGAUGCCCAUUUGAAGAUGCACAAGCAUCACGCUGGGAACGGAGGCUGGGGCCGAUUCUACGUCAACAUGGACCGUGCCACCAGCAGAGUUCCCCAAUUGCCCUCUGUGCCCUUUAUCCGUCCCGGAGUUGCAGAAUUUGCCGCGUCGGAAGAGCCUGAUAUUUUGGCUGGUGGCAUUGUCAAUGCUGUGAAGGAAUGGACCUCCAAUAACCGGGCGCUCCAUAUCCAUGGCACUCUCAUGGCUGCGGCAUUCCUGCUCUUCAUCCCCAGCGGCGUUGUGGCCAUGAGAUCAGGAAGCUCCAAAUCAUUCAAAUAUCAUUGGAUCAUCCAAAUGACAGCCGCAAUCCUGAUACUUGCUGGCAUGGGCAUCGGGGUCUCACUCCAGAAAAAGGUCAACACAACUCACCAAAUACUCGGGUUGACCAUUGUCGGGGUGCUCUUUGUCCAGUCCUACCUGGGAUACAAGCAUCACAUGGACUUUGUCAAGAUUCACCGGCGUACAUGGAUCUCAUACAGCCACAUCUGGACAGGUCGCGGCGUCAUGGUCGCGGCAUCAGGCAAUCUGCUGCUCGGCAUGUCCAUGAGGGGAUAUCCUCGUGCCAUAAUGUCCCUGGCAGCCGCAUUCAUUGUCUUGGAGUACGCGGGGCUCGCAUUCUUUGUCUGGCGCAGGGCCAAGAUCACGGCCAGGCAGCGUUUCAAGUAUCAAAUGGCAGAGCAAAGCGCUGAUACUCAUCGCUACUUUACCAUUGGCGAAGACACAGACGACGACCAAAGUGAGACGGAGAAUGAAUCUCAAAACCUGACAAAGUCAGACGCAUCAUCAGCAUCAAGGUAG